UUCGACAGACGACCUUUCUGUUUUCACUGCUAACUUCCCAAUUAAUUGACCAUACACUUCAUCCUAUUCAAAUUGCUGACUUAGCGUCACGCCUUUCUAGCGCGGGUGCGCAUAUUUCCAUCACACUCUGCACAUUCAAAGAUUUCGGGCUGACUGUACCCAAUCCGGUUGUUUUAAGAACUAGGGAUUUUCAGGUUAUGUAUGUUGUCGCCACCUGAUAUAAUAACGCCGGCACUCGUGGCCGCAGCCCACAUCUCUGUCCGCAGUCCUGCUUUUUGGAAAAUAAAAAAUCCAUACACAUAAAACUGAAGGAUAGACAAUGAUUUACUAAAAACAAAACGGCACUGAUUGUUGCCUUCGGAAAAUAAAUCAACCAGAUUGGAUAUAAAUAAAGUUUAUCAUAAAUCAAUCAAGAGAGGGCAAUCAAUUUGAUAUUGACUUGGAGUGAUUGUUAAGGCAUUGUGAUGGCUGAUUUUCAUUCUCCAAUGCGAUGUAUUUCACCGAACGCCAGAAUUUUAACACCAAGGGCCCAAGUUCAGCAAACUCUAACCCUUCGACAAAUGCAAACAAAAGCGAGAUCAAGUAUAAUGUGGUUUUUUAUCAAUGGAUCGUUGCUUGGCGUAUUCGUUUUUGACAUCGUUCAGGGAGGAACGGUAUAUAAACCGUUUUUGUGGUUUGAGUGGGUUCUGACCAUGAUUUUUGGAUUGAAUGCUCUUUAUCAUAUCAUUUGCUACUGUUAUGCAAUAUUUAGUCUUCGACCAAUCAUGCUCAGUCCGCAACAGAAAAAGCUACUGGGUAUAAAUGAGGAUGAUCCAUUGUUUAAGACAGGUAGUACUACACCCAAACAACCAACACCGAGUUCUCCUGUCAAUUUGUCUUCUUUUAAUCUUAGUCGUCGGUCUUUGGGGUCCCCAGGUCUUAAUGAGAGCAAAACGUAUGCAGCUAGUCCUUUUUCCAAGUACAGUGGUCCACCGUCGCCAAGAACAUUGAAUGCUACUCCAAAUACAUCAUUCAAUAAGUCUUUAAAUACUUCAAUUAAUAGCAAUCUCACCAGUGAAGGUAUGAUCCAAGAUGAAUCAGAUUUGCAGAAUUACUUGAAAGAUAUUUCGGAGCGUGAGAGGAAAACAUCUCUGGCGACUAGUAUGGACCAGCCUUCCAAUCUUUUGAGCUCCUUCUGGUCCCAUCCUGCUACACGAAAUCCUGGAGAAAUCUCCCCAAUGUUGAGGCGAUGCGCUUACCAACUGGCUCCAACGAUCGAUAAAACAAAAUCUUCGAGUCCCGGUGCUGAAGAAGGCACAUCACCCAGAGGAUGUUUUGGUACCCCUGAUAUCUGGCGAAAAUACAGAAUUGAUCCCAAUAAAGUUAACCAAUGGACUGCAAAUUUACGAAUGUGGAUUAGCAAAACUGUGGUGGAGCGGGUAUCAAUAGAAAUUGACAACGUAAGUUCAGCUCUCAUUCGCCAUGGAUUAAGUGACUCUCAACCAGGCAAUGUAGGCCUUGACAGACUCCGAAAACUCGCACAAUCCCAAUCGGUAGCAGUGCCUACGCUACCAACUCUUGUACAAUUUCUGGAAUUAUCAAACAACCAGGAUUAUCUGGUGAAGAGAAUAAAAGUCUUAGCAAAAGGUGGAUCAAUGAGCGAAUUUAAAUGGAACAGCGGAGGAUCUUACAGUGGAAAGCCUUGGGAUCCGAGCAUGCCAACAGAUACAGCUAUUGUUAUGCAUUUGGUCUCAUCAUACAUGGACACACAACUUGAAGCCCCUCUGGACCAGCCUGACGCUCGGCCCUUCACCUCCAGAUACAUGGCGAAGAGUGGAACAGAAUUGCCAAGAACUAAAGGCCCAAUUAUUGUUAAUCAAUCUACAGAUCCUCCACGCUUCUCUCUAGUUCUCAGUGGAGAUUCUUCUCUUGUUAGCUGCGAAGAAGUCCCAAGGGGGCGAAACAACAUGUUCCACACACUUCUCCUUUUCUUAUACAUCAUAAAAACCCGAGAUCAUGGAAUGCUUGGACGAGUGAACCUAGGAAUGUCUGGAGUAAACGUCCUCUGGGUAAUCGACAGCUGAUUUUUAUUAAUUCAGCGCUAAUUAAAUUAUUCUUAUUAAUUUAUAAUUUCAUUAUUAUUUUUGUAUCAAAAUGCAUUGUCUGAAUAAAUCAAAUCAUUAAUAUUUUUCUCUG